AUGUACUUAACAGCUUGGAUCCCGCUUUUGCUCCCACUUCUUGGAACAAGCGAGGCAUCAAACCCGGAUCUGAAUUUCUUCAACCGCCGCCAGCUGCCCGAUGAACCCACGGGUGUGAAGACCAUCCAGACUGGAAAUAAUGUUACUAUUCGCUACAAGGAGCCUAAUAUCUGCGAGACUACCAAAGGUGUCAAGUCGUACUCGGGCUAUGUGGAUCUUGCACCAGACUCGCAUACUUUCUUCUGGUUCUUUGAGGCCCGGCAUGAACCAGAGAAUGCACCGAUUACCCUGUGGCUUAAUGGGGGACCUGGUAGUGACUCUUUGAUUGGAUUGUUCCAAGAACUAGGACCAUGUUUUAUCAACGAGGAGCUGGAGACAUACCUUAAUCCCCACUCGUGGAAUGAACUUUCGAAUGUUCUCUUUAUAUCCCAGCCCGUGGGUGUCGGGUUCUCGUAUGCCGAGAAAGCACCGGGCUCUUUUGACCCUAUUACCGGAUCUUAUAAGAAUGCUUCUUAUGGGGAUGUCGUCGGCCGCUACCCCGUGAUAGACGCUUCAGAUAUCACUACGACCGAUCUCGCCGCUGAAGCCACUUGGGAGGUAGUUCAAGGGUUCCUUUCUGGUCUACCAAAAAUUGACUCAAAGAUCAACUCGCGAAGUUUUAACCUCUGGACUGAGAGCUAUGGAGGUCAUUGGGGUCCUGCUUUCUUCGACCACUUCUAUGAAGAAAACCAGAAGAUUGCAAACGGUACCAUCGACGGUGUUCAGCUCGAGUUCAAUACCCUUGGGAUAAUCAAUGGCCUCAUCGACCUGGGUAUCCAAUCGAGUUUCUAUCCCGAAUUUGCCGUCAACAACACCUAUGGAAUCCAAAGUGUUAACGACACGGUAUACAAUUACAUGAAAUUCGCUAAUGAAAUGCCAAAGGGCUGCCAGACUUUGAUCGCAGUGUGCAAAGCCACGAAACGAGCUUCAAUCGCAGACCUCUCGCUUUGUUCCGAGGCUACAAACAUGUGUCGCGAUAACGUUGAGGGUCCGUACCAUUUCCUCAGCGGACGUGGAAGCUACGAUAUCCGUCACCCUACCAACGACCCAACCCCUCCAAAAUACUACCUUGAAUACCUCAACCAAGCUUCCGUACUAGACGCCAUCGGUGUCGACGUAAACUACACCAACUCCAACGCCGAUAUCCUCUACUCAUUCACACAAACCGGAGACUUCGCAUACCCCAAUUUCCUUGAAGACCUAGAAGCCAUCCUCUCACGACCUGUACGCGUUGCACUGAUCUACGGUGACGCAGACUAUGUCUGUAAUUGGUUUGGUGGCGAGGCAGUCUCCCUCGCGACGGAAUACGAACAUUCAAAACAGUUCCGCUCCGCUGGAUACACACCAUUUGUUGUGGAUGGGAAGGAGUACGGUGUGACUCGCGAAUAUGGUAAUUUCUCGUUUACUCGCGUCUAUGAUGCCGGUCAUAUGGUGCCGUUUUAUCAUCCUGCAGCAUCGUUGCAGCUGUUCAAUCGUACUUUGAAUGGUUGGGAGAUUGCGACUGGUGAGGAGAGGAUCAAACCGGGUGCUGGGAGUCACGGUCCGGCUAGUGCUACGCAUACGCAGUCUUCUGUGGCGCUUCCUUCUUCGACGGUGAGACCUUCAGCUUCGGCUUCGGUGGCGAGGCGACGGUGGUCUUGA